CCUCUCCGUUUCCUCAUUCAUCUUCGUUUUCUCCUUUCUACCCCUCCGUUCUCUACCACCACACCGUAAAAGAAAAUUUUUAAAAAAAAACACCAAACAGUUACAGCCGCAAGAUCAGAAAUUCAGUAGCUCACAACACAACUGAAGAAAAAAUCAAUCGCAUCAAUUCAGCUGUUUCCGAUCCAUUUGGAGCCGCCGAUGACGUCAAAAGUUACAGAGAGGAUUGAACUGGCGAAGCUUUGUAGCUCCAAGGAAUGGUCCAAAGCAAUUCGAAUUCUCGAUUCACUUCUUGCUCAGAGUUGCGUCAUUCAAGACAUCUGUAACCGAGCAUUUUGCUAUAGUCAAUUGGAGCUUCACAAGCAUGUUAUUAAGGAUUGUGAUAAGGCACUUCAGCUCGAUCCUAAGCUUCUUCAAGCUUACAUACUUAAAGGAUGUGCAUUAUCUGCUCUUGGUAAGAAAGAAGAAGCUCUUCUAAUUUGGGAGCAAGGGCAUGAACAUGCGGUUCAUCAGUCUGCAGACUUAAAGCAACUAUUAGAGCUUGAAGAGCUGCUCAAAAAUGCGAAGCAGAAUAUCACUGCUGCCACCAACAAUCAUUCUGUGGAGUCAUCUGGUCCUGAAUCCAAUACUGGGCCUCUGCUUUCUACCAAAUCUGCUGAAACUUGUGAUAUUAGUAAGGCCUCAGAUAGAAAGCUCAAAGAAUGCAGCAGCGGGAUGUUGGUCAGCUGUGAGAAAUCAAAUGAUAGUUCUGUUUUACAAAAUUCCUCAAGUAAUAAUGCCAAAAAACAUAAGAAGAGUGGCCGUCAACCAAAUGGAUUGCAUGAGAGACAAGCAAAUGGAACCAAGAACAAUUGCAAAAAGUUGGGUUAUCCAUCUCUGGUAUGCAGUGAAUUAAGUGAUAUAUCUGAAGACAGUAGGAAAUCAUCUGCUGUAACUAGUGAAUCAAGUGAACAGUCAGAACCAAAUGAGUUACAGGAAAUUCUCAGUCAGUUGAAUAAUAAAUGCGACGUUCGCCUUGAAUUGACUGAAGAAGGCAAGAGAAACAAAAAAUUCUGUGUUACCAGGAUUAACAAGACCAAGUCAAUUAAUGUUGAUUUUCGAUUAUCAAGGGGAAUAGCACAGGUUAACGAAGGAAGAUAUGGUAAUGCCGUGUCCAUCUUUGACCAGAUACUAGAAGAAGAUCCGACAUACCCGGAGGCACUUAUCGGCAGGGGAACAGCAUUGGCAUUUCAAAGAGAACUUGAUGCAGCUAUUGCUGAUUUUACAAAGGCUAUACAAUCAAAUCCAUCUGCUGGGGAGGCAUGGAAACGCAGAGGGCAAGCCCGUGCUGCUUUAGGUGAAUCUGCUGAGGCAAUUGCAGACUUGACUAAAGCUUUGGAGUUUGAGCCAGACUCUGCCGAUAUCUUACAUGAAAGAGGAAUUGUCAAUUUUAAGUUUAAAGAUUUCAAAGCUGCUGUUGAAGACCUUUCUAGAUGUGUAAAGUUUGAUAAGGAUAACAAAUCUGCAUAUACAUAUUUGGGCUUGGCCUUAUCCUCUCUAGGAGAAUAUAGAAGGGCUGAGGAGGCACAUAAGAAAGCAAUCCAAAUUGAAAGGAAUUUCCUUGAGGCUUGGGCUCAUCUAGCACAGUUAUAUCAAGACCUGGCAAAUUCAGAGAAGGCCUUGGAAUGCCUUCAUCAGCUUUUGCAAAUAGAUGGGAGGUAUGCAAAAGGAUAUCACCUGCGUGGGCUGCUACUUCAUGGAAUGGGAGAGCAUAGGAAUGCUAUAAAAGAUUUAUCAGUGGGGUUGGCUAUUGAUAGUGCAAACGUUGAAUGUUUGUAUCUACGAGCUUCAUGCUAUCAUGCUAUUGGAGAAUAUAAAGAAGCAGUCAAGGACUAUGAUGCUGCUUUAGAUCUUGAAUUAGAUUCUAUGGAAAAGUUUGUGCUUCAAUGCUUGGCGUUCUAUCAGAAAGAAAUUGCAUUAUACUCAGCGUCAAAGAUCACCAGUGAAUUUUGUUGGUUUGAUAUUGAUGGAGAUAUUGAUCCGCUCUUCAAGGAGUAUUGGUGCAAAAGGCUGCACCCAAAAAAUGUGUGUGAAAAGGUCUACAGGCAACCUCCGUUAAAAGAAUCUUUGAAAAAAGGAAAGCGAAGAAAGCAAGAAUUUACUUUCACCAAGCAAAAAACAGCCCUUCUACAGGCUGCAGAUUCUAUCGGCAGCAAGAUCCAGUAUCAUUGCCCUGGUUUCUUGCAUAAUAGGCGCCAGCACCGCAUGGCCGGAUUAGCUGCUAUUGAGAUAGCACAAAAAGUCUCAAAAGCUUGGCGUGCGUUACAAGCUGAAUGGAGAAACUCAACUAAAGGCACAGCAAAGUCUGGGAAGAGACUCAGGAGAAGGGAAAAAGUAAAUUCACUUAGUGUAAACAGAGGUGGAGCUGGUUGUAGCACUAGCAGUUCCUCAGAAACAUCUGCUUCAUACAGUUUGAUUGACGAUAGAUCAACUGGGCGUUCUACAAUGUCAUGGAACCAGUUGUAUUCAUUGGCUGUCAAAUGGAGACAAAUAUCUGAACCAUGUGAUCCAGUGGUGUGGAUUAACAAGUUAAGUGAGGAAUUCAAUUCUGGAUUUGGGUCUAACACUCCUCUUGUUCUCGGUCAAGCCAAAGUUGUUCGCUACUAUCCCAAUUUUCAGAGAACCUUGACUGUUGCCAAGGCUGUUAUUAAGGAGAAGAAAUCAGUGUUCAACAAGGAAGACAAGAUAAUUGAUCUUUCUGAAGAACGGAAAUUGCAGGAAAUAAUGACUGCAGAAUCCAGCUCUGACCUUUACAGAGUUGUUGGUCAAGACUUUUGGUUGGCCACCUGGUGUAACAGUAUGGCACUUGAAGGGAAGCGUCUUGAAGGAACAAGGAUCACACUUGUGAAAAUGGGUGAGAUUGGUUACGACUUUGCAAUUAGAACACCUUGUACACCUUCUAGAUGGGAUGACUUUGAUAUGGAGAUGACAUCCGCCUGGGAGGCGCUUUGCGAUGCUUACUGUGGUGAGAAUUAUGGGUCAACAGAUUUUGACGUGCUUGAAAAUGUGAGAGAUGCAAUCUUAAGGAUGACAUAUUACUGGUACAAUUUCAUGCCGCUUUCCAGAGGAACUGCUGUCGUUGGGUUCAUAGUUUUGCUUGGAUUACUCCUAGCUGCUAAUAUGGAGUUCCCAGGAAGCAUUCCAAAAGGUCUGCAGGUGGAUUGGGAAGCCAUCCUGGAGUUUGACCCGAGUUCUUUUGUAGAUUCUGUAAAGAGGUGGUUGUACCCAUCUCUCAAAGUCAGCACAUCCUGGAAAACUUACCCAGAUGUCACAUCAACAUUUGAGACAACUGGAUCAGUUGUUGCUGCUCUGAGCUCCUAUUCAGACUGAAGGAAAUACGUCAUUUAUUGGUUUCAUCUGAGAUAAUUUAUCUGGAGGAAUUUCACUGGUGCACCGGACUUAUUGAUCCUGUAACGGAUGAAUUGAGGCGAGAGGUUUUUACAUUAUUGCCAUAGUCCAAGUGUACCAUUACUUGUGAGAUGUUGUAUAUUUGUUGUAUUGUGUAUGAUCUACCACCUCAUUUUUCCUUUCUUUUAGAUUACCAUGUUAGAUUUCAGGAUGCUUAUUUAAAAAGAAUAAUAAAUGGGUCUUCUAGUCUCUGUUUUCUCUG